UGUAGGCGAAUCGCGUGUGGAGAGACCGUCGAUCGUCAUGUCUCUGCCGUAGCGCAGCCCCCAGCGCAGCGCCGUGCUCGCAUGUUGUCAUUCGCCUCCGGGUCGUCGCUGCACUUUGUUUUGACAGCGGCUCGUUUUUUUCUUUUUCUCGCACCACUUUCGCUUUUCACCGAAGAAUGAGCGAAAACGACGACAUCGAAGUCGACAGCGAUGCAGACAAGCGAGCACAUCACAAUGCGCUGGAGCGCAAACGCAGGGACCACAUCAAAGACAGCUUUCACAGUUUACGAGAUUCUGUGCCUGCAUUACAAGGGGAGAAGAGCUCUGUUAAACAGGCGUCCCGAGCACAGAUUCUAGACAAAGCCACCGAGUACAUCCAGUAUAUGAGGCGGAAAAACCAUACCCACCAGCAAGACAUUGAUGACUUGAAGAAGCAGAAUGCUCUGCUGGAGCAGCAGGUCCGCGCUCUGGAGAAGGCCAAGGGGAACACUCAGCUCCAGACGAGCUACUCCUCCGACAGCAGCCUGUAUACGAACCGUAAAGGGAGCGCGGUGUCCGCCUUCGACGGAGGGUCCGACUCCAGCUCCGAAUCGGAGCCAGACGAGCCGCCCAACAGGAAGAAGCUGCGUGCGGAGGCCAGCUAGACUCUCUGAGAGGACUCUCUCUACCCACCAGCCCUGACUUCCUCUUACCUGCCUGCACUCAGCCCUGCCUUCUUACGCCUGUCCAGGAGUCGAGGUGGAGACUGAGUGAGAGAGGUACUAUUGUGUAUGAAACGCUUCUACCUUCCUUUUUCCUCCUGGCAAAGCAUCCUCUUGUGGCCCCGAGAAACGACUUUUGAGACCUUCGCAGUGAGGCAGCUGUGCAGUUUUUGAAGGGUUUAAGCUCUUCAAGCCUCAUGAUCACCUUUCAUAAUCUUAAGUGGAGAAGACACGGGGUAUGAGGCUUCAGUAAAGCUACAACAAAAUAACCCUCGUCUUUCUCUCGGUUGUUUUGUACGUCAACUGCAACCAUGUGGAGGAAUUGUCAAACUUUAAAACCUUUUGACACAAUGUUGAUUUGGGAUAAUUUACCCUUUUAAAUAUUCAUACUUUUCCAGAAAAAGAAUGUGAAGUUGCUUUUGAAAAUAAUGUACGGUAUACAAGAGGAGACACCCCCCCCUUCUUCAGUGUAGGUGGCUGAAGUUUUUGUCUUUGACAUUUUAAAUGUUUGUGUAAUCAGAUGAAUCUCUCUAUUUAUAGUGAUGCACCAAAAUUGAUUUCUUAUCCUUAUAUAUUCAUAUGUCUGACCGCCUUCAUGUGUGGCUUGAGAUUUUCCAGAGAACAUACAGGAUGAACUAGUUGACCUGUUGUUUUAGUGUUUUUUUUCACAGGUUCAACUAUUCAUUUCCCUUCUAUUUUUAAUUGUUAUUAAAUAAGAUGUGGGUAUUAAAAAAAAUCCCCUAAUGGAUACUGAAUGUUACGCAAUGCAGUUCAAGGGCAGUGAUCUUUAUUUUUAUUAAUGGAAGUCCAUGUCAGUGUGUAGUAUAUAACACUGUAUACUCUUAAAUGGUGUCAGUUCUGCAAAAGAAAAUCCUUCCCUUGAAAUAUUUGCCUGUGCUGGGAGCGUUUAUCUUUCUAUCCUUUUUUCCCUUUUUUGCAGAGGUAAAUAAGUGUGUAUGUAAUCAAUAUUUGUUGGUUCCAUUCCAUGGAAAUUACAGGUAUGUUGUACAUACUGCCAAUGGUUGUCUUGCAAGUUGAGGCAUACCUUUAUUAUGAGACUAUAAAUAAAACUAUUUUAUCCUUUUGGGAUGUGUUUGUGA